AUGGAAAGGUGCCGGCCUUUGCACCUGCCUGAGGAGUCUCCCUCCCCAUCUUGCCCCAGGAAAGCAUUUUUGCCAGAGCACGGGUAUUUCCAGCUUUGUGGCUUUCACUUCUACUUCUCCCCGGUGGACAGCAGCAGCAGCAGCAGCAACAGCAGCAGCAGCAGGAACUGUAGGGAAGACCAGAGGCCAAUCAUGGAAGAUCAGCACGACCUUAUCUCCAACCAUGAGCAGCUGCCCAUACUGAGCCAGCGCCCCCGAGGGCAAGAGAGCAAGUGCAGCCAUGGGGCCCUCUACACUGGCUUCUCCGUCCUAGUGGCUCUGCUCUUGGCAGGCCAGGCCACCACUGCCUACUUCCUGUACCAGCAGCAAGGCAGGCUGGAUAAGCUGACGGUCACCUCACAGAAUCUGCAGCUGGAGAGCCUACGCAUGAAGCUUCCCAAGGCACCCAAUCCUAUGAGCAAGUUACGGGUAGCUACUCCCAUGUUGAUGCAGGCACUGCCCAUGAAAGCCCUGUCCCAGGAGUCCAUGCAGAACGCCACCAAGUACGGCAACAUGACCCAGGAUCACGUCAUGCACAUGCUCCUGAGGACUGACCCCCUGAAAACGUACCCGCAGCUGAAGGGCAGCUUCCCAGAGAACCUGAAGCAUCUUCAGAGAACCAUGGAGAGAAUGGACUGGAAGAUCUUUGAGAGCUGGAUGCAUCAGUGGCUCUUGUUUGAAAUGAGCAAGAACUCCCUCGAGGACAAGCAGCCUACUGAGGCUCCAACAAAAGCACUGACCAAGUGCCAGGAAGAAGUCAGCCGCAUCCCUGCUAUCCACCCAGGCGUGUUCAUGCCCAAAUGCGACGAGAACGGCAACUAUUUGCCGCUCCAGUGCUUUGGGAGCAUCGGCUACUGCUGGUGUGUCUUCCCCAAUGGCACCGAGGUCCCCCACACCAGGAGCCGUGGGCGCCAUAACUGCAGUGAGCCACUGGAUUUGGAGGACCAGUCCUCCGGGCUGGGUGUGACCAAGCAUGAAAUGGGUCAAGACACCCUGGUGCCUGACUCUCCAUCAUCGUCUUCAACACAUGAGAGCAGUGCAGUGCAGACCAUCAACGUGGGAGGGUACUCAGCAGCCACACUGCUCAAAAGAAAGCUAGGCUGA